AUGAGCUCGAGGUAUCCGACCGACUUACUACGCCCCGACCCUGAUUCCAUACAUAUCUGGAGGGAAAUCUCUCGUUCACAGGCUUCUUCAGUAAACCUUCAUGCCUUUGGUGUAUGUGAGCGUGGCUUUGUACCCCGCUACUAUGGUUAUAUCGACCAACUUGAAAUCCAAGCUCCACAGCUUAAUGCUUUCGCCAACGACAGAUACAGACCGAGGGCGAUUUUGCUUGAAUAUUUAUCCGGCGCAGAAGCACUGAACUGCGUAAAUUACUCAACUCAUCGCUUCUGUAAGGCGAUGAUCGGCAUGAAAGCGAUUCAUAGCGCCCUAAUCCACCACAAUGAUAUCUAUCCCAAAAACAUCCUAAUUGUUCCCAGUACCCCGGAAAGGGUGGUAUGGAUAGAUUUUGACGUCGCAACAACGUUUCCUCAUCGUGAAUCAAUGGGUUGCCAAGAAUUAAAAUACUGUGAUUAUGAGGAUGCGCUUGUUGCAAGCUUUGGGGAGCUUUUGCAAGACGAUCAAAACCAGGGUCUUCCUCCCAACACAAAAUACUACUAG